AUGGCUAUAAUCAAGAAAGGAGAUUAUCCAAUUUCAGCGCCAAAGUCUGACAAGAAAAUGGAUGGACAGACAUCUACAAAUCCCAUAGGCAUAGAUGAUUACUCUAAUGAGGAAAUGGCAAUGAUACAGGUAAAUGUCAAGGCAAGAAAUCUUUUGUACAAUACUAUAAAUGAUGAAGAAUAUGAUAAGAUUUUAAACUGUGAUAUAGUCAAAGAAAUGUGGGAUAAGCUGGAAGUCACGUAUGAAGGAACAAGCAAAGUCAAAAAAAUAAGAAUACAUCUGUUUAUCCAUGACUAUGAACUUUUUCAAAUAAAAAAAGAUGAAUCCAUUGAAGAAGUGUUUGCUCGGUUCAACAAAAUUAUUGGAGAUCUGAAGGCUUUUGGAAAAUCCUAUUCAAGUGGUAAAAAUGUUUGA